AUGGAUAACCAAAUCCGAUCUUUCAUGCGGGUCAUCCGCAAGCUCGACAACGGCGAUGACCUGAUCCAGUCUUUUCCAGAAUGGGAGAAAUCCAUAUCAUCUCAAGAUGAAGGCUCGCCGACACUCGCUGCCCAAGACCAGCGGCGUAUUCUCGAUUUCCCGGAUCCUGACACUCAAGCUGCCAACAUUGCAAAGUCGUCCACACUCAGCAAGGAGGACCUACUCAAGCGCGCGGCAGAGACCCCAGCACAGCUGUCUGCGACUGAAGUCGCCUUGCUCAAGAACCGCUACUGGCUGGAAAUCUCGUCUGACGAAGAGCACGAGGUGACCCUGGCUCACGGACUGAUGUCAGGGCCCCAUCGUGUUUCCGAGGAAGAGUUCAAUGAAGCUGACAAACGCCUCAAGGCGAUGCGGCAUCCGCUGUACGCGGAAAACGAGGAGAAGGCCAUUGAAAAUGCCUUUGCUGAGCACUGGCGGCGUGAAAACGAGGCGUGGAGGGCGAGGCAGAAGCAAGAAGCAGAAAGGUCCAUUCUGGCCAGGGCGGCUCCUUGGGUGAGGCGCCUAUGGGAUGAGGAAAAGGGCGAGAAGCAUUGGGGAUAUGGCAUUUUUGUCGAUCCUGAAGCCUUUGCCGACGAAGAAGACGUUGAGGACUAUAUGUGCCGUCGAGACGGGGUUUUCUUCCAUGGCCGAGAUGCGAUCGGAGCAGGGAGCAGUGCCAUCAAUAAUAUGUGGAGGUUGCAAAGGCUUCAGUGGCCCGCGAAGACCACUACAGACGAUGGCACAAAGGACGAGGAGGAUAGCAAGGACGGUGGCAGAGAAGAAGAGGAUACUGAUCAGAAAGCCGACGAUGAACGCGCUUCCAAGUUUCAGAAACUGCGUGAAUAUUUCAAAUCGAUUCGAGACCGAGCGCCUAAGAGGCAGAGGCAGGAACAGGGGACCAAUACCGCAAGCGCGCAGGCUGAACGUGGAAGUUUGACGGACGGCAUCCUCCAGAACGUGUUUGUGGUUGUGGACAAAGCCAGCGUGGAUUCAGUCGUCUCUGGAAGUGGACUGGUCGACGACAUGUGGGUUUGGGCAGUCGAGCCUGAUUACGACGAAUCAAAGGAGACACUUGCCUCGACAGAGCCAGCCAGCGGCUACAGAGGCUACAUGCGCGUUCGGCUGCAGCAACUUGUUAACAAGUUCUACGAGGCGCGGCGCUUUCAUGAGAACGAGUACCCGAUGGCAAAACUCUGGGAGGCCGCUCAGCAAAGCAAACAUCAUGCUUUUGUGUCGACCAAGGACGACGAGGCGCGGAGCUGGAGCGUGGACAGGUUUGUGGGCAGCGCUAUGAGGGCCCAGCCACCACGAGUUAUGAUGGGACCCAUGCCAGUCGGAUCAUCUGGAACUGGUAUUUGA